UCAGACACUCUUAUCUCAACACUUUUUUCGCGUUCUCCAAUCCCCAUUUCGCAAAUUCACAAUCGCCACCAUUCCCAACCCUAACCCUAACCCUAACCCUAACCCUAACCCUAACCCUUCUCAAACAAUGGUAGUUGCUCUGGGCCCCGGGAAAUUCUACGGCACCAGCCUUCCCCGCCCUCGCAUCUACACCGACGUCAAGUUCAACGACCACCGCGUCGACCCACCCGUUCCCGUCAACGACCCACUCAUGUCAUGGGCCGAAGAGGCCCACUGGUCCAUGGGCGGCCUCAGUUUCAAGCGCCUCCGCCUCCAGGGCAAAAUCGAAGGCAACGUCGAAAGGCUCCGCUCCCAGCGCGAGAAGAUCCAGGCCCGAAGCCCAAGCCCACCGGCCCGCUCCGAUCUUCGCAGAUCCAAAAGAGCUGCCUCCCCUCUGACUCCACCGGCUCCGGUCAUGACAAAGCGUCGAAGGUACAUGGAUCUGAUCCAAGAGGAAGAAAAGGAAGAGGAACAAGAGGUUGUGGUUCGGAGGAGCCGUUUAGUGAAGAAGCUUGGCGAUGAUUUCGACAGGGUUGCUCUGGAGAACGAUGGGUAUGAUACGGUGGCGUCGUUGAAGAUGACUCGUGGUCGGAAAUUGGUUAAGAACGGUGAACCGGUGAAGAAGACGGUGGUUGAAGUGACAGAGAAAUCAAACACCAAAGCAAAGAAGAGUGUUGCAAGUGAAGCUGAGAAGAGCCCUGGGGCUAGAACUUCUUCCAGAUUGGCUAAGCGCUUCUUGUAAUUAGAUGUUGCAUAAAUUGUGGUUUUCCUUUUACUUUGUGUAAGUUUCAAGAUUUAGGGUUUGUUCAACAAUUGGUACUUUGCAGUAAAGAGAAAUACAUGAAUGAAAGGGCAGAUGACAUUAUAUUUGCAA